AUGUGAAGAAAUUUCGCGUUGAAACAGACUCAGUAAAAGAGGCUCUCGGAUGUAGCAGUAGCAGGUCUCCUUCCUUCGGUGCUAGCUUCAUCCUUUUCAUCAUAAAAACAAAGCGCACAAAAUGCUCUAGCAACUAAAGAUAAUCACCGUAUUUGGGUAAACAAAUUGCUAAAAUUAAAAGGUUGGAUAUUAUAUCUAGGCAGUGCUGGGUUUAUUAUACUAACCAGCAAAAACAAAACAACCCCAAACCAAAACAAACAUGCCUGGUGUUGAGGAAGGUUCUGGUUGUGUUUGAAUUGCUUUGGUUGGUGAGGAAGAAGAAAGAAGAAGAAGAGGAGCAUCACUGGACUUGAGCAUCACCUCGUCUUUCAUUGUCAUUGACUGAAACAGACUGAGAGCGAGUGAAGGACUGGGUGAAGAUGGCGACUGGAGCCGGAUGGCAGCAAUACUACAAUCCUGCUGGAAAAUACAGCUCUUCAGCACCAGGCAUGGCCAUGGAGUACACACAGGACCUGCAUCUGAAGAUGAGCAAGAAGAUCGCACAGCUCACAAAGGUGAUUUACGCGCUCAAUACAAAGAACGAUGAGCACGAGGCAGCUAUCCAGACCCUGAAGGAGGCCCAUGAAGAGGAGGUGCAGCAGAUCCUGUCUGAGACACGCGAGAAGAUCAUGCAGUACAAGAGCAAGAUCAGUGACGAGAUGGACCUGAAGCGGCGCAUCCAGUCACUGGAGGAAUCCAUGGAGGUGCACGACAGGAUGAAGCGGCAGGCGCUGGCCGAGUUCGAGUCAUACCGGCAGCGAGUGGAGGACAUGCAGUUGUGCACGGAGGCGCAGCAUACGCAGCGUGUGGUCACCAUGUCGCGCGAGGUUGAGGAGAUGCGGCGCUCCUUCGAGGAGAAGCUGAGAGCCUUCGCUCAAGUCCAGGCACAGUUUGAGCAGGAGAAGAGACAGGCACUGGAGGAGCUGCGUACCGCACACAGACAGGAGGUCCAGGAGCUGCUGCGAUCACACCAGAGCCAGAACGCCAACUACAGCAAAGAUCAGGAGAAGCUGAGCCAGCUGCACAAACAGGAAGUGGAGGCUCUGACCGAGCGCAUGGAGGAGCUCAAGCAGGACAAGAAGCGCCUGGUGGAGGAGUACGAGGCCAAGCUGAGCAAGGCGCAGACCUUCUACGAGAGAGAGCUAGAGGCCAUGAAGCGCACGCAGCAGAUGACUGCAGAGAACCUGCUGGCCUGGAAGAAGACCGAGGCGGAGCUGAGGAAGGAGUUCCAGGCGCAGGAGGCGGCGCUGCAGAAGACGCUGGGUAAGCUGCGCUCCGAGCUGCAGCGAGUUCAAGAGGAGGCCAGAGAGAGCCAGGAGAAAUCGCACAAACUGCAGGCCUCGCUCACCGCCUCUGAGAGCAACAUCAAGGAGCUGCAUAAACAGCUGGAUGAGGUGACUCAGGAUGCGGAGAUCAUAGCGAUCAGGCAGAAAGAAGCAGAGUGCGAGCUGGAAGCCACCAGAGACAGAGUUCAGCAGCAGGCCACGGAGAUCCUCCUCAAAGCCAGUCAGAUCGGCAGCCUGCAGGCUACACAGAUGACCCACGAGGCGGCAAUCCGUGACCUGGAGUCGGAGAAGUCGCGUCUGAAGGACAAGGUGUUGCGUCUGGAGGAGGAGAGGGGAGCGCUGCAGAAUAAGAGUCAGGCUCUGGACGAGAGGCAGAGGCAGCAGAUCCUCACACUAGAGAAGAAUCUUCGCGAGGAAAAGCAAGCCUAUGAGAAGGAGCUGAUGAACCUGCGGAACAGAUACGAGGAGGAAACCUCUCACUUCAGAGAGAUGCAGAGCCGUGCGCUGGAGGAGCUCUCCAGAAAACACCGGGCCGCCCUGGAGAACACCCAGAGCUCGGCCGAGAAAGAGAAGAACCGACUGCUGGCCGAGAUGGAGCAGCAGUUUGAGAAGGAGCGCACUUCACUCGAGGAGCAAAAGAACCGUCUGCGGGAGCAGCUGGACAGCCUGAGAGAGGAGCUCACCACCAAGCUCAACAUGGCCAACAGUGAGGUAAGCCAGCUUCAGGAGAUGGUGAAGGAAGGAGAGCUGGGUCUGGGCUCGGCUAAGGGACACAUCUCCAGCCUGAAGGAGGCUCAAGAGAAACUUCUGGAAGAGCUGGAUGCCACGCGGGCCAGACUGAGAGAGACCACCAAUCUCCUCGCAGCACUUCAGGGAGAGAUGGAAACUCAGAAGCAACAACACGAUGCCAAACUCAUCUCCACUAAAGAGGAUGAGAAGCUCAAAAUGGACAAAAUGGCUCUGGAGCUGGAGCUGAAAUGGACUGAAACACUCAGGCAGGAGUGUAAGAAACUACGUGAGGAGCUGCGAGAGGAACAUGAGGAGGACAAGAGGGCAGCGCUCACACAGCUUGCUCAGGCCAAAGAACAAGAGCUGGGCAAUGCGCGAGAGAGCUGGCAGAGAAAAGUGGAGGACCUGCUGGAGCAGAUUUCUCUGUUGAAGCAGAGUCUGGAGAUGCAGCUGUCGCAGUCACAGCAUUCUCUGCAGCAGCUGCAGGCUCAGUUUAAUCAGGAGCGAGAGCACCUGGGCCAGCAGCUGCAGGAGCUGGAGUUGGAGCACCAGCGAAGGGAGGAGCGUCUGCGCGAGGCCCACUGCUGCGCCAUCCACGACCUGCAGGAGGCACGCCAGCAUGACCUCAAGGAGUUGGAGGAGCGUCUGCGGCAGCAGCAUCACAUGGAGCUGCAGUCCCUAAGAGAAGCCCACAGGCAGAAAAUCGAGACGCUGAAGCAGCAGUCGGAGCAGGAGCUGCAGACGCUACGCUUCGAGCUGGAGGACGAGGGGAAAGCAAUGCUAGCAUCUCUGCGUUCAGAGCUGAAUCAUCUCCACGCUUCGGCUAUAGAGCACCUGCGGCAGACUCAUCAGCAGGAGACUGCAGCUGCCAAGCAGGAGCUGGAGAACGCCCUGGAGCAGAGCAGGAUACAGGAACGGGAGCUGCUGAGUCGUAUAUCGGAGCUCCAGGAGGAAGUGACUCGCAGGAAAAAACACAUCGCCGAUCUGGAUCAUGAGAUCCACACGCUGAAUGAGAACAUCAGCACUCUCACCAAGGAGCUGGAGCUCAAGGGCAAAGAGGUGCUGAAGAUCCGCAGCGAAGCCAAUCAACAGAUCAGGGCUCAUGAGCAGGACCUGUGUAAGAAGCAUGAGCGGGAGAUGGCCGAGCUAAACGCCCUGCACAACAGGGAGACGCAGAACAUGCUCUCCGACUUCAACAAAGCCCAGGAGCUGCUCAAGGACAAAAUCUCGGCCCUGCAGAUCCUGCUUGAGGGGACAGAAGAGAAGUUCAGGAAUCGGGAGAGCAGGCCAGAAGAUCUGCAGGUGAUUGCUGAGCUCAAAGAUAUGGUGGCAGAGAGAGAAGCCUUGGUCAAGAAGCUGGUGGAUGACAAGAAGUUCUACCAGCUAGAGCUCGUAAACAGAGAGACCAACUUCAACAAAGUGUUCAACGCCAGCCCCAAUGUCGGUGUAAUUAACCCUCUCAUUAAGCAAAAGCGAAAGAAUGACAAAUCAUCCACCCGAUUCAGCAGCUCGCCCAAUCUAAGGGCCAAUGCAGAGGCUGGGGGGACGGGGAGCGGGCCGCCCCAGCCUAAUCGCCUCGAACCCAUCCCCAACUCCCCCAUUCACCAGCUGGAGCUCAACACCAGCAAACCACUGCCCCCACCGACCCCUCCCUCUGAACCCAAGAAAUUCACGAGCCCUCCUGAGACAGAAGACUCACCCCCGACCUCCCCAGAUUCUCAAAGACAAGAGUGGUUCGCCCAGUACUUCACCUUCUGACUCUUAACAUCUCCGAAGCAUGUCAGCCAAGCCAAAAGAUGAAAAAAGAAAGAAAGAAAACAAAUAAAUAAAAAGCUAUCUUCAUCUUUACAUCCUUCUAACUGUUCUGUUUUAUUUCUCCACUGUGAAUGGGUUUCUUGUUUGUACAGUGAUUAAUAAUAAAAAUAAUAAUAAUAAAAUUAGGUUUGUUUGACGUUGCAUCUCAUGGAGUUUCUAAAGAGUAGUGCAUAUUCUGAUGAUGAUGAUGACGAUGGUUUGUUAAAUGCAGUAUAAAGUCCUUGUCCUUCUCCCUGUAUCUUAUUUUAGAUUAUUGGCACCGUAAUGAGAGUUUGUUUACAGCUGCAUAAAUCCACUUUUGGUAGAAUUAAAACUGUUUGUAUGGUUGUCUCAACACAGAUACAAUGAUGUCUCGCCAAUUUUAAAAAGA